AUGGCAUCUUCUUCCAACAAUUUUCACUAUCAUUAUGAUGCAAAUGAUGAUAGUUUAGAUCAAAUUUUUCAAGAGCAAUUUGAUAAAGAAUUAGAAGCUGCUGCAGAGGAAAUGCCGGCCCCGAAGAAUAAACGUAUCUAUAUCGAUAGAAAGCGGGAAGAAGGUCACAAUCGGUUAUGGAACGAUUAUUUUAGUGAUAAUCCGACUUACCCGGAGAAGUUAUUUCGUAGACGAUUUCGAAUGAACAAAUCAUUGUUCUUGCGUAUUGUCAAUCGUCUCACUGCAGAAGUUCCAUAUUUUCGACCAAAAAAGGAUGCAACCUUCCGGGAUGGUGUAUCACCGUUACAACAAUGUACUGCAGCUAUUCGACUAUUAGCAUAUGGGGGUGCGGCGGAUGGUGUUGACGAAUAUAUACGUAUUGGCGAAACAACGGCUCGUGAAUGUUUGGAACACUUCGUCGUCGGAAUAGUUGACUUGUUUGGCGAUGAAUACCUUCGCCGACCCACAGAAGAUGAUCUGCGAAGGCUACUCUUUUAUGGAGAACGACGGGGUUUUCCCGGGAUGGUUGGCAGCAUCGACUGUAUGCACUGGAAAUGGAAAAAUUGCCCAACCGCUUGGAAAGGAAUGUAUUCACGAGGCACCGAUAAACCAACAAUUGUUUUGGAGGCGGUGGCUUCAGAAGAUCUAUGGAUAUGGCACGCAUUUUUUAGAGCGCCAGGUACUUGUAACGAUUUAAAUGUACUUGACCAAUCACCAGUAUUUAAUGACAUUAUUUACAGUCGAGCUCCCGAACUGAAGUACAAUGUCAACGGAAGGGAGUAUAAUUUGGCUUACUACCUGACGGAUGGCAUUUACCCCGAAUGGGCGACAUUUGUUAAAUCCAUCCCACGACCACAACACCCGAAACAUCGUUUGUUUGCAGAACAUCAAGAAGGUGUGCGAAAAGAUGUUGAGCGUGCAUUCGGAGUCCUCCAAUCUAGAUUCGCGAUAAUUAAAAAUCCAUCUCUUUUAUGGUCGAAAGAUGAACGAGAUUCAUACACUCUCGAACAAGAAUUGGAACAAGAAAAUGGAACCGGAACUACUCCGGGUCGUUCGUUUUCAGACAAGAACGGAUUAAAUCAGCAAAAGCUUGAGAAUUGUGAUCCAGAAGGAAAAGCUGCUGACUUUAGGGAAGUUCUUACUCAUGCUUCAGAAGAUCGGUUCGUACUUGAUUAUGUCUUACUGUCCAUUACCCGUCAGAAUUACCGGCAAAUCGGUAACCUUUAUCCUGAUAUCUCUGUUGAGUUGCAUGUUAUGGCUUCUAAGGUUGCAAUGAGAACAUAG